AUGUGUGGUCCACGCAGUGGCAUCAACGGACUAAGUUCGGCGUUCCAGACUACAGACAGUGUGCCGGUUGGCUUGUGCACGCCGUUGACUAUCAUCGCAUCGGGAAUGGAGACGACCGGAUCGGCUACAGCAGCAGACCCGCCUCGCUUCUCAGGCCACAGCAAGGCGGCCGCGCCGCAGUGCUGUCAGACCAGCGAGGCUGGCUGCCAGAAUAAUUGCUGCGGCGGGCAGCAACAGCAGCAGCAGCUUGUCGCGCACAAGGCCAAGACCAAGCGCAAGCCGUCGGCUGCCGCGCUCAAGCGGCGGAUGGCCAACCAGAUCCCGGAGGACAUUUUGAACGACCCGGAGCUGACCAAGGCCAUCGAGCAGCUGCCGUGGAACUACAACUUCGAGAUCCGCAAGACCGUGUGGCGCAUCCGCCAGGCUGGCAGCAAGCGCGUGGCGCUGCAGUUUCCGGAGGGUCUUCUUCUCUACUCCUGCGUCAUCUCGGACAUCAUCGAGCGCUUCACGGGCGCCGACAGCAUCAUUCUGGGCGACGUAACCUAUGGUGCCUGCUGUGUGGAUGAUCUCAGCGCGCUCGCGCUCGGCGCUGACUUCAUGGUGCACUACGGCCACAGUUGUUUAGUGCCGAUUGAUGUCACGACGAUCAAGAUGCUCUACGUGUUCGUGGACAUUGCCAUCGACGUCGACCAUCUCAUUGACUGCAUGAAGCUGACCUUCAAGCCCGAGACCAAGCUCGCUCUCAUGGGAACGAUCCAGUUCAGCAGCUCGAUUCACCUGGUGCAUUCCCGACUCAAAGACUAUUUCACCAGCAUGGUGGUGCCGCAAGUUAAGCCCCUGUCUCCGGGCGAGGUGCUGGGUUGCACUUCACCUGUAAUCGAAGGUGUUGGUGCGCUCGUGUUCAUCGCGGAUGGCCGCUUCCAUCUCGAGUCGGCCAUGAUCAUGAACCCGAGCCUGAAGGCCUAUCGCUACGACCCGUAUCCGAAGGUUCUCACAAUUGAGAAGUACGAUCUGCCGCAAAUGAUGGAAGUUCGUCGUGCUGCCAUUGACCAGGCCAAGGGUGCGAAGAAGUUCGGUAUCGUGCUCGGGACGCUUGGACGUCAGGGAAACCCGCUCAUCCUUGACCAUGUUAAGCAGCUGCUAGAGCAGAGCGGCAAGGAAUAUUUCGUGUUGCUCCUGUCGGAGCUGUUCCCAGACAAGCUUGCGCGAUUCAAGGAUGUCGAUGCGUGGAUCCAGAUAGCGUGCCCACGACUGUCGAUCGACUGGGGCUACGCGUUUCCGAAGCCGUUGCUUACAGCGUACGAAGCGGAAGUGUGUCUGGAGCAGACGCAGUGGAAGGAGGGUUCGUAUCCGAUGGACUUCUAUGCAAAGGGAAGCGGACCCUGGACGAACUAUCACGACCGCAAGAAAACUCAAAUCGCUGCGUAA